AUGCCCGGCGUGGCACUGCAGGAUGCCUUCGACUCGAGGACCACGAGCCCUCGAGGAACGAAGGGGAGGCCUGCGGCUCGCCCGCGAGGAGCGAGAACGCCAGGCGAGACAAAGCCCUACGGGAGAACACCUUAUGACUUCUCAAACCCGGCAUCAACGCUGCUGCGAGGCGGGGGACCAUCCGCCGGCGUGGGGACCCGAGGGUACCCAGCACCCGGGGACAACCAAGCAGCAGCGCGAGCACAGCAUCUCAUCGCCUCCUCCGGCCUCGGCGCAGGUCGAAAACGAGCGCAGUGUGACGGGAUCCAGGUGGCCCCUCGACAGUCAACCUCUCAGAGCAUCGGCUCCGACCCGACAGAAAGCGCACGAAUGCACCUUCUGCCGCUCUAA